AUGCCCGAGCACCGUGGAUACACAGAUGCUGAGCACUGGCGCGCGGCCAACCGAGAUGCGAAGCGCACCGACAUUCCGGCCUCUGGCAUCAUGUCCGAAAAGGUUGAGGACUACAUGGCUGCUUCCUACCAGAAGCAAGGAACGUACAACAAGGUGUUUCUUUUUUACCUUGGCUCCGUGUCGCAAUCCCCCCUCCCUCAAUGGCGGAAUAUGUCUAUCAUUAUUGUGCAUAGACGAUUGAUACCGCCCACAGGCCACAGAGGAGCGGCCGGCGGCUUACGAUGCCAUGUUUCGGGAUUGGAUGGGCAAUGUCACAUUUCCCAGCCAGUAGUCGCUUUGCGUACGUAUCAUAAUUACAGUAUUGCUGCAUGA